AUGGCGAGCCUUCAGCAGGGUGAGAAACAGCUGUUUGAGAAGUUCUGGAAAGGGACCUUCAAAGCGGUGGCCACUACACAUCCCAAGAGCAUCAUCGUUGCCAGUAUCACAGCCCGCAAGCCACUGCCAAGGACAGAGCCCCAAAGCAAUCUCUUGGUCCCAGCCCAAGGUGGACCUUCAGAAAAGCUGAGCCACCGUCUGACCACUGAGACCUUUGGCACCAACAGCUGGGAAAGAGAGAAGCCCUGCAGGGAGUUGGAUCCUGCCCGAGCACACAGUGCCUCUCAAGACAGAGACCUGACACCACCACCUUCCUCCAGGGGGAAAAAGAAAAAGAAGAAAUCAACCAGGAAGAAGAGAAGGAGGUCCCCAUCCUACAGCCCAUCGCCAGUCAAGAAGAAGAAGAAGAAAAGCUCCAAGAAGCAUAAGAGACACAGGUCUUUUUCCAAGAAGAGGAGACACAGCUCCUGUAGCCCUAAAAGCAAAAGACGGGAAGAGAAGAAGCACAAAAAACAAUCUCGAAGCCGGAAAUCUCACCGCCAUAGACACCACCGCUGCCCCUCCAGGUCUCAGAGCUCGGAACUGCGCUCCUCCAGCUGUGAGAGCAGGCACCGAGGUCGGUCUCCUGAGGAAGGGCGGAAAUCCCGCCGUACACACUCCCGACGCUGCUCCAAGAACCACUGCAAGGUCAGCCCAGAGGCCCGGUCCAGCCACCUGCCCAGCCAGCCCCUCCAGAGGCUCGGCUUCCUGCCAGCCAGAGGUGUAAUCUCUGGGUCGGGGUCUGCUGCUGACCUCUUUAGCAAAUCAACCAGCCCGCUCACCGCCUCCCGAGGGCGCUCGCAGGAGUACGACUCAGGCAAUGACACAUCCUCACCGCCUUCCACGCAAACCAGCUCAGCCAGGUCGCGGGGCCAAGAGAAGGGGAGCCCCGGUGGGGGUCUGAGCAAGAGUCGGGACCUCAACUGCGGCAACACUUCCGAUUCAGGGAACUCCUUCACCACCUCCUCCCCCCAGAACAAGGGGGCUGUUUUGGAAAAUGUCUCUCCCACCUGCAGGAGCAGUGAGUCAAGAGGAUUUCAGUCUCCAUGUCUACAGUGUGCUGAGGUGAAGAAGUCUAGUUUGGUCCCAUCCACAGCCCGGAGCUCCCCCAUCAAAGAGUGCUCCCGUAGCUCCUCCUACACCAGCACUCGAUCCUCCAGUCCCUCUUCCCGGUCCCCAAACCACAGAGCUUCCCCCAGGUAUACCCGGAGCCGGUCCACCUCCUCUGAAAAAAGGUGAGUAUCCCAGCUUCCCUCUUUAAACAAAAAAUUCAAACAGCAACCACCAUCACUAAGUUCAACUUCAAAAGCCAACCCUAGUUACCUAGCAACCCCCAUCCUGCUGCUGCGCCCCUUCAGGGACCCCAAGUAUGGUGAGAAGGAAUUGCAGCCCCGAGAACGUGCACGCAGGAGACGACGGUCCUACUCGCCCAUGAGGAAGCGCCGGAGAGACUCCCCAAGCCACCUGGAGGCUCGAAGGAUAACCAGUGCCCGCAAACGCCCCAUCCCUUACUACCGACCCAGCCCCUCCUCAUCCAGCAGCCUCAGCAGCGCCUCCUCCUGGUACAGCAGCAGCAGCAGCCGCAAGGCCAGCCGCAGCUACUCCCGAAGCCGGAGUCCCAGCCGGAGCCGGAGCCGCAGCAGGAGCCAGACCCGGAGCAGGACGCGGACCAGCCGCAGCUCUAGCUCCCGCAGUCUCAGCCUCGGCUCCCGGAGCCGCAGUCGGAGUCGGAGCCUGAGCUACAGCUCAGCAGAAAGCUAUGCCAGCACGAGGCGCUAAGCAAGGGCCCUCCCUCGAGCCAGCUGCCCACCAGGAAGACCCCUCAGUACUCUGUCAGUUUCCUUUACUACCUGCUCUUCAUGCCGGCUCCCUGGCGACAGAGGCCUCCUGGCUCCUGUCUUCUAUGCUUUCCUGGGAAGGUGGAAUGGGAUACAGGGACUCCUAUUCCAAGCUGCUAGGAACCUCUACCAGCGCCAUCCUGAGAGUCCUGC